AUGACGUCGAUAAUCCGGUUCGAAGCACACCCGCCACACAGCCGGCUGUCAGGCCGGAGAAUAAAUGAUGUUCAGCUACUUAAGUCCAAAGAAAACCUGACGCCAACCCUACUCUACAACAGGCUUCUGAUGCAGUUUGUUGACCAGUUUGUACUCAAACAAAUCGACGCCAUUCUUGUCUCACAUCCAGACGCACACCAUUUGGGUAUUUAUACGGCCGACUCUCGCGACCAGAUCUGUGGAUGUCUGCCAUAUCUGGUGGGAAAGUGUGGCCUGAAUUGCGAGGUCUACGCGACGACACCCGUCUAUCUGAUGGGACAGAUGUUUAUGUAUGACUUGUUUCAGUCGCGACGAAACAACGAGAACUUUGAUCUCUUCACUCUCGAUGACGUGGACGCGGCCUUUGAUAAAGUAAUUCAAGUGAAGUACAACCAAACGAUUGCACUGAAGGGCAAAGGCCAGGGACUAACGAUCACGCCCUUACCGGCCGGACAUAUGAUCGGCGGAACCAUUUGGCGCAUCGUUAAAGACGGCGAAGAGGACAUCGUCUAUGCGGUCGACUUCAACCACAAGAAGGAGCGUCACCUCAACGGCUGUGUCUUAGAGACCAUCAGUCGGCCAUCGCUUCUCAUAACCGACGCGUUUAACGCCAAUUACGUUCAGGAGAGGCGUCGCAAACGCGACGAACAGCUCAUCACUAGUAUUAUGGCUACUCUUCAGAGCGGCGGCAAUGUGUUGAUAGCGGUGGACACCGCGGGCCGAGUGCUAGAGUUGGCCCACAUGUUAGAGCAGUGGUGGCGUAACCAAGAGUCAGGGCUAAUGACCUAUCCGUUGGUUUUGUUAAAUAACUUCAGUUAUAAUGUGAUUGAAUUCGCGAAGUCUUUGGUUGAGUGGAUGUCCGACAAACUGAUGCGCUCUUUCGAAGGCCAACGCAAUAAUCCAUUUCAGUUCAAACACUUGCAAUUGUGUCACAAAUUGUCUGAUAUGGACCGACUUGUGGAGCCCCGAGUGGUUCUCGCCUCACAACCGGACUUAGAGUGCGGCUAUUCUCGUGACUUAUUCUUCAAUUGGUCAACAAAUCCCAAAAACUGUAUUAUUUUGACCCAAAGGUGUUCUGCGGGCACUUUAGCCCAUCAGCUGAUGAACAGCCAAAGGGGACGACUCAUCACAUUAGAGAUUAAACAAAGAGUUCCUCUCAAAGGACUCGAAUUAGAAGACUAUCGAAGACAAGAGAAUCUUAAGAAGAGUAAACUGAACGCAACUAACGAUACGUCAGGUGUCGGCGAAUCGGACUCCGAUUCCGAUGAGAACAACGAGAGCGAAGAGGAAGAGGAGGUGAUGGAAGUGGAAGAGGGCGGCAAUAAGAGUCCAGUGGCCGGUAGUUUUGCCACCAGUAGUGGCGGCGCAUCUCAUGCAAUGCAUGGACACCAGAACGCCAUUAAACACGACCUAAUGAUGCCUAAGAAUGAGGGCAAAGUAAAAGGCGGCGGUUUCUUCAAACAGGCCAAGAAGUCGUACCCUAUGUUUCCGGCGCCCGAACGCAAGAUCAAGUGGGAUGAGUACGGAGAGACCAUCCGAGCCGAAGACUAUAUGAUCUUCGAUGUGGUCGGCGCUAACGCCACCCAAACCGGCGAAGAAGAGAACAAAGAGAACGUGAAGAGAGACGGAACCGAAGAACCCAUACCUGAGACUCAAGAGGUGCCAACAAAAUGUGUGGUUAAUGUCCAGACGUUUAACAUUCACGCAAACAUUCAAUACAUUGACUUUGAAGGCAGAUCUGACGGCGCGUCCAUUCAGAAGAUUGUUUCGAUGUUAAAACCUCGUCGACUGAUUCUGGUUCGCGGCUCAGCCGAAGCCACCGAAUCGAUGGCAACCUAUUGUCGCGAUUACGUGUCCGACAAGAUAUUUAUACCGAAACUGCACGAAAUGAUUGACGCGACGACUGAGAGCCAUAUAUAUCAGGUUAAACUGAAGGACUCUUUGGUGAGUUCGUUGUCAUUCGCUCACUGCAAAGACGGAGUGGAGCUGUCGUGGGUCGAGGCAGAGAUCGAAUUGACUCAUAUCGAGUCUCUUUUGCCGCAAAAAGAGUCGGAAAAGACCGACGAUUCGACUAAAGACGGCCAAAAGGCCGACGACAACAGCGCUGAGAUGGGCGGCCGAGAGCUGCUGCCAACUCUACGCCAACUGCCAUCCAAUCAGAUCCCAUCGCAUCCGACCAUUUUUGUCAAUGACCUCAAACUGUCGGACUUCAAGCAAAUAUUGAUGAAGAGUGGCAUUCAGGCCGAGUUCUCGGGAGGCGUUCUCUACUGUAAUAAUCAGGUGGAGGUCAGACGGAGUGAGUUCGGGCGCAUACACCUCGAGGGCACGCUUUCCGACGACUACUACAAAGUUAGGAAAAUACUGUACGAACAGUACGCUAUCAUUUAGUGCUCGUGUUUUUGUUACCAUUUUUAGUCGUCUAUUAAAUCAAAUAAUUGUGAAAAACAUGUUUUCUGUGUUUGAUUUCAUUUUAUAUACGAUAAGAC